AUGGUUGGCGUAAUCCGUCGAUCCUUCCUAGAAGAGAUCUCUGAGCGACUACCUGUGUCGACCACGACGCUCGUCGCCAUUGUAGUGAGUGCGGUGUCGCUAUACAUUUUUUACCGGAGAAAGGAUCCGGCGCAACGUCCGCCCACCUCUGCAAGGCGGCCCUUGGGUGCACCGCGCGAUGCUGUCGAAGCAUGCGAUGCAGUGACGCGCAUAAAGCAGAAGGCGUUCAUUGGGAGGAAGAUCUGCAUCGCGUGGGAAGUUUUGUACGAUGAUAAGGGCUGGAAGGCUCAGGGAAAAGCGCUGGAUAUUCUCCGGUUCUACGCGUUUUCCUCGGAGGUGUAUCUCAUGUGCCGCAUUCGUGAUGCUGCCGACAAGAAGCAGAUUCUUAAUCUCGUCAAAGCGGUGGACGGAAUCGAGCGUCAUCGCAUCCUCUUCUGCACCACAGAAAAGGGAUAUGAGGCCUUCACGCGGCAGAUUGACCCGAGCCUCCUCGUCACAAACAAUGCGGCACAGGUAAUGUUCUUGAAGCGCGUUAUUCAGACCUUAGUCCUCGUCGGCGGCGAUGGUGUUGUGGCGAGCAAUGUAGCGUGCGUGCCUUCUGUGGAGGCCAUCGCCGUCGACCUUGAGUAA